AAUCCAGUUCCUCUAUUCCUACCCCUUACUUCCACAGGGUAACCAAAUGAUUUACGCAUACCGUUCUGUUUCUCUUUCUAGAAUUUUGAACAAAUUCUCUACCCUUCUCUCUUGGAAUACUGCUCAACUUCUCUCUCAGAUCAUCCUCUACAAUGGUUUCUCUUUGUAUUCAGCUACCGGAAAAUAUAGACAGUGAAAUAAUUAUACAACGCUUAUUUAUAUACUAUUUAGUAUAUACUGUCUAGACAUACAGAAGCUAUAGCUUGAUGGAUAGACACGUCUAUAUGGGGACAAUAAUACCCUCUGUGCCCUUUUUGAAAUACAUGCAAGCCCGGCUCUCAGAAAUAGUGAGUCAACUCUUAGUCUUCAUUAUAUAUUUGAGUUCAAUUCAUAUAUUUUCUGGGCAACUCUGAUUACUUUACAUUUCAAUUUCGCACAGGUUUCUUGUUUUGAUUUCUUGAUUUAGCGUACAUUUUUGGCCCUUUAGAAUUCUAUGUUCGUAGUCUUGGAGUGAAAUUUUGUUAGCUGCUAUUUUGUGCGAAAUUUUGGUAUUAACUGUUUUUGUUAGCAAAUAUGGCAUCAUAUCAUGGGAACACUGCAUCGGAACCUGCAAAAAUGGAACAAAUAAUAUCUGAAUUUUUUGCUAAGAGUCUUCGUAUAAUACUUGAGUCGCGGUGCCCUUAUGUUUCAUCGCGUAAUUAUAGCAGUGAGCAAGUUUUGUUAUCACCAUCCCCACCCUCGUCAUCAUGUUCUUCUUCGAGUUUUGGGCUGAGGGAUAAGUCGUUUAAUUUAGCACUUAGAGACUGCCCUGCUGCACUGGAUAACAUAGAUUUUUGGCGGCAGAGUAAUCUUGAACCCAUGAUUGUUGACGUGAUUCUAGUGCAAAGGUCAGGCAAUUGGGACCCUAUGAAUUAUUUGCCCAAAAGAGGGUUUGCAAGGACUUUCUCUGGCAAAGAGGGUUACUAUUACAAUUCUGAAAAUGAUGAAUUUGGGUAUGAGAUUGAGAGUGAAAAGAUUAUUGAGAGGUGGGUUUUACAUUACGAGAGUAAGCAAAGCGGUGACUAUGGUAGUGGUGUCAUGGGGAAUAAGAGAGCAGCUUGUACUAGUUCACAUGCAUUGUAUAACAAGUCAACACUGUUGUUGAGGUCUUUGUACGCGACGGUUAGACUUUUGCCAGCUUAUAAGGUUUUUCGUGAUCUCAUUUCAUCGGCCCAAAUUCGGGCAUACAAUCUUGGUCACCGGGUAUCAUCCUUUGUUGAGCCGUUCACACAUAGAGAAGAGGCAGAUAUGCAACACUUUGUGUUCUCUCCAGUUGACACUUCUUGUUGUAGGCUUUGCCUCUCAGUGUUGUAUUGCUCAUCAGUAUUGGAUAUCAGUUCUGAACCCUCCACCCCAAUUUCUCCACAAGUCAUUCAUGAAUAUGUUGGGAGUCCAAUGGCAGAACCACAUAAGAGGUUCAUAUCAGCUCCUGUCUCUCAAAGUUCCCCAUCUUCUCCUCCAUUUGGGAGAUAUCAUAGCUGGAAUUAUGAUAUAUAUAAAGUAUCACCAUCUUCAGUAAACCUCUCACCUUCAUCCACUUACUCUGAAUCUUGUGCUUCAAUGCCAAAACAACUAUCACAUCGGUUUCCUCCAGCAAGUUUACCUAAUCAUACGGCCAGCGAAACACCUCCAGUUCAUAUGAAAGAUCCAAAUUUUCAUGAGUAUUGGCCUUCCCCGACCUUUUCGCCAUCACCAUCACCAUCGCCAUCGCCAUCGCCAUCGCCAUCGCCAUCGCCAUCGCCAUCGCCAUCUCCAUCACCACCUGCCUACAUUCCUGAUAGUCAUAUAUUAAAGGCUCUUUUACGGUCUGAAAGUGCUCCUGUUGGAAUACCUAUAUCUAGGCUUUCUACUCUUCCUAAAAUGCCCAAAAACCAAUUGUUGCCUCUGUCUCCUUCUAUGGGAACCAGUGGACGCAGGGUCUCUAAGACAGAUGGAUGUUCAGGUCUAUAUGAGACCGGCUCUAUGGUCGACAAGUUGUUCACUUCCGCGAAAGAUGAAGCUGGAAAAUUUUCUGGAGUUAAGCAAUCAUCAAACAGUUCAUCAACGAAAUCAUUCUCUAGAAGCCCCAGUAGGUUUUCUUUUCAGGAUCAUUUUGACGAUUCUGAAUUUUCUGGCCUAUUCAUUACGAAUGAUGAUGACCUAACCGAACCAAGUACCAGACCAGGGUCAUUUGAUCAGCCUGGUGGACUUUGUCCCAGUGGAAGAUCUCAAGAUGCUGCUGUUGGUGCUCUUAUUUGCAUGCUGAAGAAGGCACCUCCUCUUCGCCCAGACAUCUCUAUCACAACAAAUUUGGUGCAGGGCUCCAAGUCCGUGACAGAAGAAGUUCCUCCAGAGUCGCUGUUGGGGGUCUCUGAUUCUUUGAAUCUCGCAUCCUCUGGACUCGCAUCUUCCAAAACUACGGCUGAUGCAUUUUCAGAGCUCGUGAGGUAUAAGGAAAUGAAAGAAUUACUUCUGAAGCAGGGUAAAGGAACUCAGGCAUAGCCCACUGCAUUUUUUUUUCCGGGCAAAGAAAACGAGGGUUUUUAGUUCCUAUUAUCAAUAUUACAAUAAAUAAUUUUCGCGAGUGUUGAAGUUCUGGCAGAAUGUUGUAUAUAUUUUUAGCCUUGUUAGAAUUUCGAAACAAGGCAUGUCUCUAAUCUAAUUGGACAUGUUGCUGUUGAACUUGAUGUGUGUAGUAUAUAUAUUCUGUUAUUUUGGGUUUUGGGUUGUAUAGAAACGUACAAAAUUUGGCUAAAAGCUAAUGAUGAUUCUCUGUUGAUGUGUAAAUAAUGGAUGCAUUGCUUUUCAAUU